AUGCGCUUCUGGGGCCGUUGGAGCCACGGCUGCAAGCAGCCAGGGGGGCCGGGAGGGUCCCGGCACACACCAGCCGCGCGCGUUGACUCUCCCUCCCUGCCCCUGCCUCGGGCGCCCUCCCCAGCCGCAGCGCCGGGCACCGCGCCCCCCGCCACCCCGUCGGGCUUCGAGGAGGGGCCGCCCUCGUCCCAGUACCCCUGGGCUAUCGUGUGGGGCCCCACCGUGUCGCGAGAGGACGGCGGGGACCCCAACUCCGCCAACCCGGGAUUCCUGGACUAUGGCUUCGCAGCGCCCCGCGGGCUCGCCACCCCGCACCCCAACUCAGACUCCAUGCGGGGCGAUGGCGACGGGCUCAUUCUUGGAGAAGCACCUGCCACCCUGCGGCCGUUCCUGUUCGGGGGCCGCGGGGAAGGUGUGGACCCGCAGCUCUACGUCACAAUCACCAUCUCCAUCAUCAUCGUUCUUGUGGCCACUGGCAUCAUCUUCAAGUUCUGCUGGGACCGCAGCCAGAAGCGGCGCAGGCCCUCGGGGCAGCAGGGCGCCCUGAGGCAAGAGGAGAGCCAGCAGCCGCUGACGGACCUGUCCCCGGCCGGAGUCACUGUGCUGGGGGCCUUCGGGGACUCGCCUGCCCCCACCCCUGACCAUGAGGAGCCCCGAGGGGGACCCCGGCCCGGGAUGCCCCAGCCCAAGGGGGCUCCAGCCUUCCAGUUGAACCGGAUUCCCCUGGUGAACCUGUGAUGCCCCCAGGGUUGGGGUGCAGCCACGCAGGAGGCCGAGGGGCCAGUGCGGCCCUCAUCCCACUGAGGGCGGGCUGCUGUGGGCAGCCCGGGCCACGGGGGCUGCUGGCCCCGGCCCUUGCACGCCGUCUGGAAUACUCAGUGGCCCACGGGUGGUCCCACCUGCCGCCCUCCUGCAGGCUCACACACUCGGGGUUUCAGGUCCCCUCCCCCUCGCACACUCACAUGGAAGCCUUGCACACUCACUGCACCCUCAGCAGCGCACGUGCUCAUGCCCUGUGCGGCUGGUCCUCUGCACCUCGCGUCCGCGCCUCUGCUGGCCGGGGUUCCCCUCUCCCUCUUGUCUCUCAUCUGCCCUCUCCGGCCACGGUCCAUGCUCAGCUCGCCCCUCCGGGUCACGUGCGUGCCCUGGCCGGUGUGGGGCUGCUGUGUGGCGUGCUCACUGCCCCCCAGGACGCUCCUGCCCUGGCGUCCGAGGCCCCUGCAUGCUGCCCCAGAGGUAGGUGGGAGGCGAGCUGGCGCCCCUCGUGCCCCUGGCCGUCACGGCCCCUUCCAUCCCAUGCCGCGUCGUGUGUUUCUCCGUCUCCGCCAUCCUACCCCAGGGGCGCUGGUAUCACCCUGAGGGCUCCCCUGUGGGAGUGGGGGUCAUGGGGCCCUCAGCUCCUCCCCCACCCACUGCCCCAGUCUUGUCUGAGAGGUGGGGUUUGAGAAGUCACCUGCUGCACUGCGUAAGAAAGGAGCCCCGCCGACUUUCCCUUCCUCCAAGUCCCUUUCGUCCGGUCUGUCCUGGCUGUGUGUGUGUGUGUCGCCAUCUGGACUUCAGAGCCCUGAGCCGGCCCUCCACUUCCCAGCUUCCCCUCGGGCCUCCCUCCCUCCACCUGGGCUGCCAGGGCCAGAGCCGGCUGGUUCAAGGCCAUCAGGCGCUCUGCCUCCAAAUCCACCCCUUGCCUUCCUGGGCUCCCCACGUCCCCUCCUUCCCUCUCCCGCUUUCCCUCCUCAGGUUCUCCCCCACUUCUCACUGGUUUUUCCGCCUUCCUCCUUCCCCGGCUCCUAUGCUGUGAUAUAUAUUUUUGUAUUAUCUCUUUCUUCUUCUUGUGGUGAUAAUCUUGAAUUAUUGUGGGAUGUAAGUUUCAGAAUUUUCCAAUAAAGCCUUUGCAAGAUA